AUGGGUCCCCAGCCCACCCAGGGUUUGCUGUUCCUCCUUCUCCUCGGAGCCUCCUCCUUGACUAUGGCACAAAAUUUCUCUUGUCACAAGGGUAUAGUCAUGAGCGUGGAAGACGAUCCGAGCAUGUUUGACUGGAGCACAGAGAAAUUUGAGACUUGUGACAAUGGAUCGCUUUGCCAUGAAUCCCUGCUGAUUGUUCAAUCAGGGCCCAAGACAGCAAUUGUAGCCACGAAGGGCUGCAUCUCCGACGAGAGUCCGGCAAUAACGUUUGUCCAGCACUCCUCACCCCCGGGCGUCAUGGUGGUCUCCUCCAGCCACUACUGUGAGCUCUCCAAUUGCAAUGACAGAGCGAACUUACCUGAUUUAUGGAGUGAAAUUCUCCCAGCUUCCAAUGGGUCAGAAACCCUCUACUGCCCAACCUGUGUGGCUUUUGGGACCUGUCUGAAUGCACCUUAUCUCCCCUGUCCCAGUGAUACAAAUAGAUGCUAUCAAGGAAAACUUCGGGUGGCUGGAGGAGACAUCGACUCAACUUUAGAGGUCAAAGGCUGUACAUCCGUAACUGGCUGCAGGAUGAUGUCUGGGAUCUUCACAAUAGGACCCAUGUAUGUGAGGGAAAUAUGUCCAUACCAAACUCUCAUUGAGCCCCGCAAGGUUGAAAAUGGAGCCAACUGGCUUCCCAUUUCAGCUGGGAAGUUAGAGCUACUGCUGCUGCUGUUGCUGCAGUUGCCAGUCCAUUGUUCCUGA